UAUUGUUGGCGCGCACCAUCGUCUAUCCUUUAUACUCUUGUCGUCUUUGAUUAGUCUUCUUCUACUAUAUAUCCUUACUCCUCUCCACUCCGGAUGAACCUACCAAGAUUAUACAUUUAUACAACACACACGGAGAGAAGAGAACCGAGAAGAACUAUAGAAGAGGAGAAAAGGAUAAAAAUAAGGAGCUGCUGCUUUUCUUGAAUAAUCUCACUUUAGUUUGCAUAGGUGGUUCUUCGUUGAUUAACGGAGGAACCCACGGGCUCUUUUAUUUGCUGAAAUGGAGUCUGAUAUCAGUGAGAAGCUAUUGGAAAACUCAGUAGAGGAAGUGAAGAUAGGGGAGAAAAUAUGGUGUGAGAUGAAGAAAAUGUCGGUUGUGGCUCUUCCUGCAUUAUUUAAUAGAUUCUCCACAUUUGGGAUUACUGUCAUCAGCCAGGCAUUCAUUGGCCACAUUGACCCUAUAGAUCUUGCUGCCUAUGCUUUAGUACAAACCGUGCUGUUAAGGUUUUGCAAUGGAGCACUGUUGGGCAUGGCGAGUGGAUUGGAAACUCUAUUGGGGCAAGCUUUUGGUGCAAAACAGUAUCACAUGAUGGGCAUAUAUCUUCAGAGAGCGUGGAUUGUGUUGAGUGCAACCACGACUUUACUGUUACCUCUAUAUUUCUUUACAACUCCAAUAUUUAAAGCACUGGGCCAGGAAGAAGAAAUUGCGCGGGUGACAGGAACCAUUUCUAAAUGGUUGAUACCGGUGGCAUAUGCCUUCAUUCCAUCGUAUACCUGCCAAAUGUACCUGCAAGCACAGAGCAAGAACGUUAUUAUUGCGUAUUUGGCAGCAGCUACACUGGCGAUUCAUGUAUUCCUAUCCUGGCUCUUGACAGUGAAGUUGGAGUUUGGACUUGCGGGUGCCUUGAUUUCUACUAUAUUGGCAUUCUGGAUUCCUAAUUGCGGUCAGCUUUUAUUUAUUAUGUGUGGAGGGUGUAAAGAAACAUGGUCGGGUUUUUCAUUCUUGGCCUUCAAGGAUCUCUUGCCAGUAAUCAAGCUUUCCUUGUCAGCUGGUGCCAUGGUCUGUCUUGAGCUCUGGUACAAUUCGAUACUGAUUCUUCUUACAGGAAACUUAGAAAAUGCUAAGGUUCAAAUCGAUGCUCUUUCUAUAUGCCUCAACAUCAGUGGCUGGGAAAUGAUGAUAUCUCUCGGUUUCAUGGCAGCAGCAUGUGUGCGGGUAUCAAACGAGCUGGGAAGGGGAAGUGCAAAGGCGGCCAAGUUCUCCAUCAAUGUGGUCGUGCUGACAUCCUUCUCCAUCGGAGUUGUGCUAUUCCUUUUUUUCCUGUUCCUGCGCGGGAACCUGGCUUACCUGUUCACCACUAGCUACGACGUGGUCCAGGCGGUUGAUCAAAUGUCACCUCUAUUAGCAUUUUCUAUACUUCUAAACAGUGUUCAACCAGUUCUUUCUGGUGUUGCUGUUGGGGCGGGUUGGCAGAGUACUGUGGCAUAUGUUAACCUGGGAUGCUAUUACUUGAUAGGAAUCCCGGUCGGUGUCGUUCUUGGUUAUGUCCUCAAACUCCAAGUUACGGGUGUGUGGAUAGGAAUGCUGUUUGGUACGUUUGUACAGACCAUGGUAUUGCUUGUAAUCACCUUCAAAACCGACUGGGAUAAACAGGUUGCAGAUGCUCAGAAACGUGUCCGGAAUUGGGUGGUCGAACCUGAAACUGGAGACGCAAAUGGCCGGGAUGCUUAGCGUAUCCUUCUAAGAGUUUUCAGUGUCGGACAGAGUGACUAAAAUUAGGGUGGUGGUAUUACAAAAAAUAUGCUUCAAUUUAUGAAUUAUUUUGAAUAGUGAUGUGUCUGCCGAAUCCAAGUUUUGUUCGGUAUGGGAUAUCAAUGCCUAGAGUUAGGUACACUUCAUUAUUAGCAUUUUGACAUUUAGUCUGCAACUUUAAUUUUAGGUUCAAUAAAGAUGUUCUAUAACAUUUGACCACCCGACCAAUUAAUCUCUUCGUUAAUUAUGAUUA